AUGGGUGCUUCAUCUUCAACUGAUAACAAAGAGUUAUCAGAAAAGCGAGAAAUCGAAAGCCUUGCCGCUUCAACAGGAGCUCUUCCUCUGCUUCAACGAUCUUUCUCCAAGCUCGUCGAUUCUCAAACCAACACAAUUUCUUUUCAAUCCUUCAAGAAAUGUUUCUGCUUGAGUUACAAUACUACUACUUCUGAAGGAGACCAGAAAGUUCCAGAUUCAUUUCCCAGAUUAUUGGAGAAUUUAGGAUCAUCUUUUGUAGAUUUGUUCUUCGUACCUGACAAAGAAGGAUUGAGUUGGGUAGAGUUUGCUAAAGGCUAUGUUAAAUGUUGUGGAAGAAUGUCGGCUUCGAUGUCUUUCAACACAUUGUUGAGAGUGUAUUCUGUGACAGCUAAAAACGCUGGCUUUUCUUUAAAGCUUGAGUUUGAAUCUGAUGAACCUGAUUGUAAGAUUAACGGGUCGAUUUCGACGGUUGAUUUGGUUAUGUUUCUGUGGAUGUGUUGGACAAUGUCGUGGGACGGUCGAAGAGCUAAAUCGGGUGAUAGUAAUGGGUGUUUGUUUCUUCCUGAUAUUAGUCACUUGAUUCUAUCAGCACUUGUGUCUUGUACUGAAUCUGGAAACAGUUUGGAUGUUUGGGAUACCGAUGUUUCGGGAUUAGAACUCGAACUUCCUAUCGGGAAAUUCCUUACGUGGGCCUUGACAACAAUUCCAAACAUCAGUGAAUGCCUUACUCACUUUUGUAAUUCGAGACUUCAACAUUCUUUGAAUGUAGAGGAUGGAUCUGGACCUUCAAAGUCAACUGGUGGAGAAGAUUCUGCGUCCAAGACAUGCGAAAACACCCUUCUAACAUGUGGAAGGGCAUGGGCGAUUUCCUUGACGUGCAAAAAUACAAUAAGCGAGGAGAUUUUAAGCUCAUGCUUUCCCUGCAAUAGUGAUGAAACAAAUGAAAAUCUUCUAUACCGCUCAUACCAUCACGGGAAAGGCAUGAAUCGACUGUGGUCCAAUGUCGAAGGGUAUCAUGCUCCAAUACUAGUGAUAGUUUCUGCAAGCUGUGGAGUUGAUCAUGAAGGUACUUCAAUCGAGAGAAAGUGGGUCAUUGGUGCAAUCCUGCAGCAAGGUUUUGAGAACAGAGAUAUGUUUUACGGAAGCUCUGGGAACCUGUUCUCUAUUAGUCCGGUCUUCCAUGCAUUCUCAUCUUCUGGGAAAGAGAAAAACUUUGCGUAUAGCCAUCUGCAUCCCUCUGGUAGAGUCUACGAUGCAAAUCCCAAGCCUGUUGGAAUUGGAUUCGGUGGUACACUUGGAAACGAGAGAAUUUUCAUUGACGAAGACUUUGCUAAAAUCACCAUCCGUCAUCAUGCUGUUGAUAAAACUUAUCAGCCAGGCUCUCUUUUCCCAAACCAGGGUUAUCUACCAGUAGAUGCAUUGGUUUCAGACGUUGAAGCAUGGGCAUUAGGUGGAAAAGCGGCCAGGGAAGUUCAAGAAGCAUACAAGAAAAGAGAAGAGCUUUUCACUGACCAACGUCGAAAGAUCGACUUGAAGACGUUUACAAAUUGGGAAGAUUCACCAGAGAAAAUGAUGAUGGACAUGAUGGGUAAUCCUAAUGCUCCUAGAAAGGAAGAGAGGUAA